GCAAAUUUUUCAUGUAUUUCUGAUUUUUUUUUUCUGAAAUCGCGAUUCGUAUGACGUAUUUGUAUUUCAUAUUGUUUCCUAUCAACAUCAAUUUCCUCUUGAUUCAGGUAAUGUUAAGUCUUCCAUGCUCCAAUGAUUGUCGCCACACUUUGAUCAUUGCCACGUCCCCUUCAAUUUCGUUCAGAAAGUAGCAACAGGUCUAUUCUUUGGAGGUCUUAUUUCAGCAUCAAUACCAUCAGUUGCUUAAUAAUGUUGUUAGUAUGUAUUAUGUGUCCAAAUUCGAAUGUCGUAUACUUAUAUAUUAAAGAUCUAAAGCGGGUCCACAGCUUCAGGUAUGUUAUUAUCGCUUUCCAUUUUUCUGAAGUGUAAAUAGGUUAUUAGGUUUUUUUCUAAUUGGUGAAACUAGAAAUGGGUAAACUUAGCUUAUGUACUUAUCUCAACAUAAUAACCUUCUGUUUUAAGUUAGGAACUGUUUGUUGUUCCUGAAGGUUAUUAUGGUUGUGGUAAAGGGCGUUGCUUAGCGUGUCAUAAACGAGGACGACAAAUGUGAUGUUUUUCACUUACAACCCGUGUUGCAGCCAAAACGGUCCAAUAGCUAAAUCCGAGCCGAAUCGUUUUCCUUUUGAGGUUUUUGGUAAAUCAUAUUGUGUUUUUGUAUACUGCUAUUGUUGUAUUCAUUCUGCAGUAUGUGUGGCUGUUGUGUUGCUCGCUGGUACUAUUAGAGUUGGCAAAGAAUCUUGCUUCAUGAUGACUCGAUUCAAUAAAAGUCAGAUUAUUCACUUCUUUCAGAAUUUUGAAGGAAUACAUAUUCUUUUUUAUGCAAGUUUGUGACGUGAUGACGUUGAGUUUUAACUUUUAGAUGGAUUAUUGAUGAGUUUUGAUGAAAUUGAAAAGAAAAUUGAUUAAAUAGUGUUUUGACUUUUGGUUUGGAGUUCAUAAUUUGGAUAUCUGAUAUGGUGAAAUUGUUUGUUUUUACUCUGAACUCAGGUUUGUAUAUGUGAAUUUGUAACUUGCUGGUUUUAACCUUGAGUUUUAGAUUAAUUUGAUGUAGUUUUGAUGAAAUUGAAAUCUAGGUUGAUUAUAUGAUUUAUAGUGCUAAGGCAUGAUGUUGUUUCUUGAUUUGGGGAAAAAAAGCUAUUUACUCUUUAAAUAAUUAUUGAUAACUUGACUACGUUGACUUUGAGAUCUAUAUUAAGUUAGUAUAGGGGUUUGAUGAACGGGAGUAUAGUUAUGAUUUAAUGACUUUCUGAUGCUAGAUAUUGGAAGAUUUGUUUUUUUGUACUUUGUAAAACGGCCUACUUGUUUUUAUCAAUUAGCAGCCCAAUUAGAUUAAAUCUAUAUAUGGUUGUCUUUUGUAUAGAUUUUUGGUUAUCGUAUAACAUGGAUGGGAUUUAUGUAUGCGUAGAAUGAAUUAAUAUUUCAACAUGCUUAUGUCAGUGUACUUGCUUGAUAACCGUGAAAACCUGUACCAGUAACUCUCGGGCCUGCACGAAUACCCCGCUGGCUAACCAGCUAAAACGUAGCUCGUGCUGGGCAAGUGGCCUUGUGUAUGUGUGUUGUGCUGUAUUCAUACAAGUUUUUUACGAAACUUAUAGUUAUUAUGUGUGGUGUAAUGCUGAUUUACAUGUCUUAUAUGUGCAGGGCAUCCUGCUGUCAAAAGAUGAAUUUUUUCUGUAGGAGUAUGGCUGACGAGUCUGCACCAUCACAGCAUGAUAUUGUUCGAUGCCCAUUUUUGCGCAAUAUUAAUGAACCAACUAACUUCUCAUUUUCUUUAUCCAUGGCUUUCCCAUUGCCCGCACGUGGAACCAAAGGUCCUAUAUUCGAGGACGGUCCCAAUUUUGAUAUGGCAUUUAGGCUUUUUCAUGGACAAAAUGGUGUUGUCUCGCUUUCCAAGGGAACAUUGCAAUUUCCCCAAAAAGUGAAGCCCGAACAAGUGUCACAACAGUUUAACCCGUUAGCAGCAAAGGCUGCGACUAUUAGUCUGUCGAGUUUAGGAGGGUCCUUCGGUUUCGACGCGUUCAAUGAGAUGUUUAAGAAUCAUCAAAAGAAGAACAAGAAAAAGUCUUCUCAGAAAGGAGACUCGAAUCACGAGGCAACGGGUGAGGAGUGGCUGAAAAGUGGGAAUUGUCCUAUUGCCAAGUCAUAUAGAGUAGUGAGUAACGUUCUACCGCUUGUGACCAAGGCAUUCAAACUGCCAUCAAACUUUAAAUACGAGUGCCCGCCGGCAAUCGUGGCGGCCCGGGCGGCACUAGCACGAACCGCCUUUGCAAAGAAUCGACUUUCUUCACUCUUAUACCUUUUUUAUAUAAUAAAUAACAAGCUGGAGCUAUGGAAACUUACAUAUUAUAAUGCAUUAGCUGUGUUGGCUCAGCAGCUCCGCCUCUACAAGUUGCCGGUGCUUGAUACCAUUAAAGGCUUCUCUCUUUUUCGAGUAGAAUGUACCGAAACUGUUUGUGAACAACCACCGGAAAAGUUCAAUCCCAAUGAUGGCGAUGGUCUCUGCAUGAUUUUUACUAAAAGUUCUUAUGAGCUUUCUUCUCAUCCAGUCUGAUAUGAACCAAGCCAUGAGGAAACGUCCUCGAACGUUAUUCAACUAGAGCAUGGCAGUUAUCUGUGUCUUCUCUACCUUCCAACAAGUCAAUUAUAUGGAGAUCUACAAGUCAUCUAUGAUUGGAAUUGAUCGAUAAACAGCAUAUUCCUCAUAGUGAGAGAAACAUGUCAUUUGGGAGUGGAUAUUGGAUAUUGAUCGAUAAACUACAUAUUCCUCAUAAUGAGACAAACAUGUAUUCUGCUCUUAUAGUUUUGCCUGAAACAUUUGAUAAUUGAGGAAGGUCUUGCUACACUUUUUGGAAAUGGUUAUCAACAUGUGUUGUGAUUAUUAGUGCUUAGGUUACUUCAUCUAUUUCUGCAAGAUGGUACAUCCCGAGACCUGCCUUGGGGCGCGUUACAUGAAGUUAUCAUGGGCGGAGUUGGUGAAAGUCAGCUCUUUAUCUAACUAGAACCGUCAGUUUAAGGCUCGAUGGGUCAUCCACCAUUAUGGCAUUAUGGACCGCAGGGACAUGGCCAAAAGAUUUCCCGCACCGGAGUGAUAUUUUUCAUAAGAGUUGUUGGGCUUGAGAUCAAAUUGAGAGAUGCUUACACCGUCAUUUUCUAUGAAAGCGAUUGGCAUCCAACAUUAGAUUUACAAACAGUGGACAAGGCUCAUUGGUUGGGUAACAUAGUCAAUUCUACACAGUUACGAAUAGAUACACGAGCCGAUAUUUUGUCAAGUUAGAUACAUGAGCGGUGAGCCGAUAUUUUGUCAAGUUAGAGAUGUUGCUCCAAACAAUGUAAACUUCGAUAUCAAUAAUUAGAAGCAAAACGUAGUUAGGGGCUUCACAUUUGGGAAUGGGAGGUUUUAAUGUGAAUUCAACAUUGUAUUCCAUAGAAUGUAGUUCAAAAGAUCUAAUAUUUCAUACUUAUAUGUAUUUUUAAUUGUAUUUCAAAUUUUCUAAUAAUUCUUGUAACAUGUCAGUUUGUUUGUA